UUCGACGCACCGGCCUACUGACUGGUGUGGCCAUGGGCCGCCGCCCGGCUCGCUGUUACCGGUAUUGUAAGAACAAGCCGUACCCGAAGUCUCGCUUCUGCCGAGGUGUCCCUGAUGCCAAGAUCCGCAUCUUUGAUCUGGGUCGAAAGAAGGCAAAAGUGGAUGAGUUCCCGCUCUGUGGCCACAUGGUGUCUGAUGAAUAUGAGCAGCUCUCCUCUGAAGCCCUGGAGGCCGCCCGAAUUUGUGCCAACAAGUACAUGGUGAAAAGUUGUGGCAAAGAUGGCUUUCACAUCAGAGUGAGGCUCCAUCCCUUCCAUGUCAUUCGCAUCAACAAGAUGUUGUCCUGUGCUGGGGCCGACAGGCUCCAGACCGGUAUGCGAGGCGCCUUUGGGAAGCCUCAGGGGACGGUGGCCCGAGUCCGCAUUGGCCAAGUCAUCAUGUCCAUCCGCACCAAGCUUCAAAACAAGGAGCAUGUGAUUGAAGCUUUACGCAGAGCCAAGUUCAAGUUCCCUGGCCGCCAGAAGAUCCAUAUCUCCAAGAAGUGGGGCUUUACCAAGUUUAAUGCUGAUGAAUUUGAAAACAAAAUGGCUAAGAAGCGCCUCAUCCCGGAUGGUUGUGGAGUCAAGUACAUCGCUAAUCGAGGCCCGCUGGACAAGUGGCGCGUUCUGCACGCCUGAGGUCUUCGACAGCACUGACGCCUUUGGCCACGCUGGUAUGACUUACUGCUUGUGAAUAUAAUUUACUUACUGGCAAAA